UUCACAGUAAAUCUUGCUGCUGUUUGCUCUUUGGGUCCGCACUACAUUUAUGAACUGUAACACUCACUGGGGAGGUCUGCAGUUUCACUCUGGAAGUCAGAAAAACCACGGAUCCACCGGGAGAAACAACUCCGGACGCGCCACCUUUAAAAGCUGUGACACUGGCUGUGAAGGUCUGCGGCUCCCUCCUGGAGUCAAACCAGACCACGAGCCCACCGGAGGAAAGAAACUCCAGACACAUCCGAACAUCUGAAGGAACAGACUCCAGAGACACCAUCCUUAAAACCUGUAAUACUCGCUGGGAGGGUUCGCGGCUUUGUUCUUGGAAGUCAGCCAGACCAAGAACCCACCGGAAGGAAUAAAUUCCGGACACAGUAAUAGUGUGAACGAUCCCGGGAACAUGUCCUUUGUGAAGGAGACGGUGGACAAGCUGUUGAAAGGCUACGACAUUCGCCUGAGACCCGACUUCGGGGGUCCCCCGGUCUGCGUGGGGAUGAACAUUGACAUCGCCAGCAUCGACAUGGUUUCCGAAGUCAACAUGGAUUAUACCUUAACCAUGUAUUUUCAACAAUAUUGGAGAGAUAAAAGGCUCGCCUAUUCUGGGAUCCCUCUCAACCUCACGCUUGACAAUCGAGUGGCUGACCAGCUAUGGGUGCCCGACACAUAUUUCUUAAAUGACAAAAAGUCAUUUGUGCAUGGAGUGACAGUGAAAAACCGCAUGAUCCGCCUUCACCCUGAUGGGACAGUGCUGUAUGGGCUCAGAAUCACCACGACAGCAGCAUGCAUGAUGGACCUCAGGAGAUACCCUCUGGACGAGCAGAACUGCACUCUGGAAAUUGAAAGCUAUGGCUACACCACGGAUGACAUUGAGUUUUACUGGCGAGGCGGGGACAAGGCUGUCACCGGAGUGGAAAGGAUCGAGCUCCCGCAGUUCUCCAUCGUGGAGCACCGUCUGGUCUCGAGGAAUGUUGUCUUCGCUACAGGUGCCUAUCCUCGACUGUCACUGAGCUUUCGGUUGAAGAGGAACAUUGGAUACUUCAUUCUUCAGACGUACAUGCCCUCUAUACUGAUAACAAUUCUGUCGUGGGUGUCCUUCUGGAUCAAUUAUGAUGCAUCUGCCGCUAGAGUCGCCCUCGGGAUCACAACUGUGCUGACAAUGACAACCAUCAACACCCACCUUCGGGAGACCUUGCCCAAAAUCCCCUACGUCAAAGCCAUCGACAUGUACCUUAUGGGCUGCUUCGUCUUUGUGUUCCUGGCCCUUCUGGAGUAUGCCUUUGUCAACUACAUCUUCUUUGGAAGAGGCCCUCAAAGGCAGAAGAAGCUUGCGGAAAAGACAGCCAAGGCAAAGAAUGACCGUUCAAAGAGCGAAAGCAACCGGGUGGAUGCUCAUGGAAACAUUCUGUUGACAUCGCUGGAAGUUCACAACGAAAUGAAUGAGGUCGCAGGUGGUGUUGGCGAUACCAGGAAUUCAGCAAUAUCCUUUGACAACUCAGGAAUCCAGUACAGGAAACAGAGCAUGCCUCGAGAAGGGCAUGGGCGAUUCCUGGGGGACAGAAGCCUCCCGCACAAGAAGACCCAUCUACGGAGGAGGUCUUCGCAGCUCAAAAUUAAAAUACCUGAUCUAACCGAUGUGAAUGCCAUAGACAGAUGGUCCAGGAUCGUGUUUCCAUUCACUUUUUCUCUUUUCAACUUAGUUUACUGGCUGUACUAUGUUAACUGAGUGACUGUACUUGAUUUUUCAAAGACUUCAUUUAACACGAGUGAAAUAUUACUCUGCCUGUCAAGUUUUUAUACCUGUACACACACAGACACACACACAAGCAGACACACACAUAUAUACAUACGCAAUUGUAUAUAUAUGUGAACUUUCUCAGCAUAUAUAUAAAAUACACGUGUAUAUGAGGAUGUAUGUGUAUAUGUUUAUACACACAGGAGUCAGUGCCCAUGUGUAUGGAAGACAAAUACACAUACAUAUAUACAUUUUGCAGCUAUGGACAAUUUACCACAGGAUGCAUAUUAAAGAAAGUCAUAGUUUUUUUCUUUUUUAAUUGAAAGGGACAAGUAUCUAAAUAUUAUGCCUUGAGAAUGAGGGCGUGAAACACAAUAUCAUCCCCAAAUGUGUCUUUUAUUACCAUAAGUUAGAUGUUUUAGUUUAAAAAUCAGAAAGACAUUCUUAGUUAAUCUUUGAAAACUCAUACAGUGGUAUUGCUAGUUUAAACUGAGUCACUCACUUCAUAUCCUCUCGUUCAGUUUAGUAAGCGAAGGCUUCUUGGCUUUUCUGGUGAUGAGGUUUGUUUUCAUCGGGCAUACGUUUUCUGUAAUGGUUUAGUGGCUGGGGUGAGCCACUGGCAGUGUGCUUACCUGUUGUCUUAAACAUAGAUAGAUCCCACGUUGAUGUCUGAACGACCGUCUUUUGAAAACCCAUCGGGAGUGAAUGGCAUCUCAUUGUAAGUACUCUAAUAUACAGUGUGUAGUUUGUUUCUCUUGUUCACUUGGAGUGGAUCCAGCUUCACUGUCAUGUGCGAACACAGUGGCACGUUUUGCCAAUGACAUUUCAAUCACUGAAAAUGUGCUCUACAUCUCGUAUGGAUUUCUAGGCCUGAUAUCCAACAGAAAGCAUAGACGUCUCAGGUUAUUCGUUACUCUAAGGUAAAACCAUCUAGGAUGAUUUUCCCCCUUGCAGUUAUGUUAUCAAUCAUUCUUAUAACAUUGUAUGUUAAUAGAAAAUAUAUUUGCAUAAUAUGCAUAUAUAUGUAUAUUUACCAAGAUUCUGUUUCUUAACGCUUGCUAUCAUGGCAGCAUGCGAUGUCAUAUUUUCCUUUAUGUGAUGUAACUACUUUCUGUUAUCUAGAAAUUAAGAUUGAAGCUAAAACACUUCUGUUCAAUUUCGGAAACUAAGAAACAUCCUCAUGCCUUUAUUUCUGUAUCUGACAUACUUCAUAAGCACAUCCAACUACUCCUAGACUGACUAGGAUUCUGCAGGAACAUGACCCCUACACACCACGCGUCACCCAACGACCCAUGACCGUUCUCUGAGGCAAAGGAGGGCAACCUGACGGCAAACACAGUCACUGUUGCUUCCUUCUGAUCCACAGCCUCAUCAGUAUUUGGACUUUUUAAAGCUCGUAGAAACAAGACAAGGUGCACCGGUUUCAUAGACGCAACCUUAACUUACUAUUUAGAUGAGAUCUUUCUAAAGAAAAAAAAAAAGAGAUGAUAUAUUUUUUGUAAACAAUAUUUCUAUCACAGGCAUCCAUAAACUGAAAUGACUACAGUUGUGCAAACAGGUGUCACAGUGAAGUUGAGCAUUUGGAGAAAAAAUAAAAAGCAAAAUUUGCAGGAAGAACUGCUAAAUUAAUACUUUAUCCCAAAAUGCCACGUAUGCCUCGCCCUCUCUGUUCUAUCCAAAACCAAGGACCAGAGUCUAGCCCAGUGCUCCAAUGGCUGGCCCCAGUUGUCUCGACAUAGGUAGGGGCACCACCUUCCCUGAGGAUGCGUGUGGUGUGGACUAUCCCCAUGAGCUGACCACUACUUGAUUUUUCUUUGGUGGCUGUAACAACCUUUAAUUUGUGGGCAUCUGCAACAGUUCAAAACCCACCAUCAGACGAAACAUAAUCCACAAAAUCUCACGCUAGAGGCAUUUACCUCCUUUAAGGCCCUUUUCCCUCCUUCAUUCCUAUCUUUUUCCUCCUAAUCACUGCUCUCUGGUUUUAUUUUCAUCUGGAGACUAGCCAGGGAUUCCUUUGGCUUUGGCUUUUCUCUGACAGUUUUUUCCAUCGGUAACAAUGGGGGAUCCUAAAAGUUAAACAGAUUGGGAAAAACCUUGUAAGUGGCCUUAUCAUUAUUAUCAUGUUAAAGAAAAAAAUACAUUUGCAAAGACCUUAUCCCUUUCAAUACUUCAGGUAUAUCUUUUUCCGUAUCCAGUAAUUAAAGGUGUGAGGUCCACAUGCGGAAGAGGGACCCCAAAAUGUACAUGGAUGUGGACAAAAACAGUCGAUGGUCUAUUUAAGUGUAUAAUGUAUACUGUUCAGAACUGUGACAUUAAUUCUUUCUGGGAGAAAAGUGAUUUACAACUUUUUUGAUGCAUAGUUGAGGUACCCAAAUAUCACAGGCAGAGACCCCAUGAGGCUCCAAGGAGCUGCAGUCUCCUUCCCGAGGUUUUCUGGAUAUAAAUUUGCAUGGUAUAGUCAUAAUAGCUUUUGAGCUUUUUAUAUGCAUUUGGCACCAAGACUGGGAUCCACAACUUUGUAGACACCGUGAUGAAGUUAACAUAUUAGCUAUACUAUAAAUAGUGUUUGUAACUACACACACACACAAACACACACACACACAAAUACAUACAUAUAUUCUGUAAAAACAAAAAGAGAAAACUUUUUAAGAUCCUUGGGUAUGUGUUUGCUUUACUCCAUUUCAGAAGAAAAUUACUUUUCUUCUAACAAAAUUAUUUUAUAGCUUCUCCAUUUUUAAAACUUGUGAGAACAUUGAGAAGAGAACUCUGUGUUAACAGAAGAGAGUUGAAUUGGAGUCUCUGUUGUGUACAAAUGACCUCUCAUUACUCCACAGUAGUUAUUUGAGCCAGUGACUGAGCCGCGUUGAGGAAUCCUGAACCCGGACCUCUGACGUUGUUGGGAGGUGGCUGCUACCCACACCCAGACCUCUUGCGUAAGGAGAGAAACAUUAUCAUUGGGGAUAUAAUGAGAUUUCUUUCUUAACAACUGAAAGUAAUAAAAAGUUAAUUUUCUAAGUAGUCCUGUCUUUCCAAAAUGCGCCACAGGGGCUCAAGAUCUACAGAAGAAUCUUGUUAUGACAGUUUGUUAUUACCCAUAUUCAGAUAUCCUUGAGAUCAUGGAAGAGCCCUGCUACAUAACUCCCUACAGAGAAAGACUGAUAGACUUGAGUGCUCCUUAAAACAAGUGUUACUCCUGUUCACCAACCCCGGGACUGUGGAGGGGUUCCACUGUCUAUACCAUGCGACAUCCAUUUCCCCCUGAAUCUCAAACGAACUAGAAGGUAUGUCAUGAGAAUAUUUCCAUUAGGUGUGGAAGCUACCUGUACAUCUGCAAUAUCUUGUGUUUUUAAUGCCAGCACCCAGAACUUUGACAUGUUCGGUCACUCCCUCAAAGGCACGUCUCUCUCGUCCAAACACAGCACUGACAUUUUCACCAAGGGGAUCAUCUCAAAGGUGAUGCCGAACAAGUCUGGGGCUGGUUUUAAGGGGACAGGCACAUUGCAGUUGUAGAUGUUCGUUUUCAGCAUCUAGUAGAUAAUCCAUUGGUGUUUGUCCCACCGUGGUGUGUUCUAACAAGAAUGUGUCCGACUUUGAAUCUCCUGGCUUGAAAGUAUAAACCAUCACUUAAUUCUUAUUUUAACUCUCCACCUGAAAACCAGUUCAUGUUUCUGGCCAUUUUAUGUAAGCAAAACCGAACACUUGGUGAAAUAUUUUGUUACUCUUGGAAUUGACUCUGGCUCUCAGUGUGAGCCAUUAGAGUAACAUCGAAUCUUGGGGUAAAGAGCUGCCCAGGUAAAUUAAAUUUUUCCAGGACACUAGCUAGUGUGCCUUGGAUUGAUUACCUCUUUUACUGCAUUGAAAGGUGCCAUGUUUUGCUGAAAUACUAAAUUCCCAACACCUGGGUAAACAAUGACCUCCCAGAGAGUGGCUCCCGUGUGCCUCUCCCUAGGACCAACCCCGUGAACAUGUUUUGUCACACUUGUCUCAUGUUUCUACUUCACAAGUCAGUUGAGUGUGUUUAAGGUAAGUACAGGAUUAUUCUAGUAGGAAUAGGCGAUUGCUGUCAUAAUCAAUUCUCAUGUUGAUUUCAUUUUAUUGUAAAGAUAAAUUUAAACCCAGUUUUGCUUAAGCACAUUGAUGUAAUUUUUUGGUAUUAUUUGACAUGAAAAAAACAGCAAAAUUGAGUGAUAGAUACAAUAUGAAACUUGUUGAUGAAUGAAUUCAAAUUUAUUAAAAAAGGACUAACUGA